AUGACCCGGAUAGUUCUUUUGCGAAUUAAUGACGCGGGCGAGCCCGUGUUUGAGAACAGCCGCGGAGUUCUGACGUUUCCUACCUGUUCCAAAGAGGAAAGCCCGCUCUUCACACUGAGGUUCUACAUCGUUGCAGGCUCUCAAAUCACAAACAAGGGCACCAUCUGGACAGAUGUUCCCAAAAUCCAAAGCGACCCGUACAGAAGGGACAGGUACAACAAGCACCCUAUUGCGUCCAGUUUGUAUCAGGACGUCACUGUUGACGUGCCAAUCUACCGCCCGGGCUCUUACUGCUACUAUAUAGGGUACCAUGCUCUGAAGGAGGGCGAUGAGGAGGAGUUUGUGACGACGCGCAAAUUUUACUUUGUUGUGCCGCCAUCCCUGUUUGUGCGGGGACAGUAUUUGCCUCUCAAUGCCAUCAGCAUGCAAUCCGUGGUCUCCAAAUGGAUGGGUGCAAACCACCUCGAGUGGGAUCCAGUGUUUGCCGAGGUUUCUCGCAAGGGGUACAACAUGAUCCACUUCACGCCGCUGCAAACCCGCGGCGAGUCGAAUUCGCCGUACUCCAUCUACGACCAGCUUGAAUUUGACCGCACGGCUUUUGCGAACGGCAAGACCGACGUGAAGAACAUGGUCUCCCGGCUCGAAAAAGAACAUGGCAUUCUGUCCAUGACAGAUGUUGUCUUCAAUCACACAGCCAACAACAGCACCUGGAUCAGAGAAAAUCCAGAUGUCGGAUAUAACCAGGAAACCGCUCCUCACCUGAUACCUGCCAUUGAACUGGACAAACUGCUUUUGGAAUUCAGCAGAACGAUGGCACGUCACGGCUACCCCACCAAUAUCCAGAACGUCGAGGAUUUGCUCAAGGUUAUGGACGGAAUAAAGACUUGCGUUCUGGGGGAGCUCAAGCUAUGGGAAUUCUACGUUGUCAACGUUUCUGAGCAUCUCCUCGAGUUGGAGUCGCAAUGGGACAUUUCCCCAUACACUUGCUCUUUUGACAUUUCCAAGGAUGCCAGUCUUCCCGAUCUAGCUCGUUUUGUUGCCUCAAAGGCAUGUGUUAGACCUUUUGGACUUGGCCCUAGAUUUGGAAACCGCCUCGAUAUACAGAAGUUUGCUUCGGUUUUGCAUUAUCUCUACGGAGACCUAUCUUAUCCUGAGGUCAAAGGAUAUGCCAUGAAGAUUCUAGAUGAGAUCAAUCUUCCUUUGUACAAGCAGUACGACGAAGACAAUGGCGAAAUUCUGGAACAGCUAUACAACAGGAUAAAGUAUAUGCGGCUAGAAGAUCAUGGCCCGAAACUUGGAGAGGUUACGGAGGAAAACCCUUUGACAGAGCCCUAUUUUACAAGGUUCACUGAUUCAAGCGGAAAAGAAUGGAGUUUGGCGAAUAACGGAUGGAUUUGGGGAGGUAACCCGCUUGUGGAUUUUGCCUCGCACGAGUCCAGGUGCUAUUUGCGUCGAGAAGUUAUUGUCUGGGGCGAUUGCGUAAAGUUGCGGUACGGGAGCAGACCUGAAGAUUCGCCCGCUCUUUGGUCCCGAAUGCUUGACUACUCCAGGCUGUCGGCUUCUCUUUUCCAUGGAUUCAGAAUGGAUAAUUGUCACUCGACACCGCUGCAUGUCGCAGAAGCACUGCUCGAUGCCGCUCGUGAGGUGAAUCCGAACCUCUAUGUGGUGGCAGAACUGUUCACGGGAAACGAGGAGCUGGACAUUAUCUUUGUUGAGCGUCUCGGUAUUUCAUCUUUGAUUCGGGAGGCAAUGCAAGCAUACUCUGUUGGGGAACUGUCGCGCCUUGUCCAUCGGCAUGGAGGCCCUCCAAUUGGCUCAUUCAAGUGGCUCCCAUUGGACGAGCUGGCAUAUCCUGUUCAUAAAGAAGAGUACCUCACUCGGCUGAGUGAGCGUUUCGCGAAGAAGAGUGAGGUUCCCAUCCCUGAAUCUGUUGUCUCCAAUGCUCCUCAUGCUUUAUUCAUGGACUGCACUCAUGAUAAUGAGAUGCCGAACGAAAAACGUACAGUUGAAGACACGCUGCCAAAUGCUGCCCUGGUCUCUUUCUGCUCCUGCGCAGUGGGUACAACCUUUGGUUAUGAUGAAUGUUAUCCGAAAUUGCUAGACGUUGUCAAUGAAGACAAAUUUUAUACAUAUGGAUGUGGAAUCGGUGCUGUGAAGACGAAACUUAACAAAAUUAGGUUGGAGCUUGCUAACCAAAGCGUUGAUGAUCUGGAAAGCAACGAAAUGCAUGUGCACCAUGAGGACCAGUUCAUCACUGUUCACAGAACGAAUGCAAAAACUGGCAGGGGCUACUUCCUGAUUGCCAGAACCAAAUUCUACGAAGACAGCGAGCAGUCGCUGGCGCCGAUUGUUCUUAGUGGAUCAAAAGUCGAGCAUCUAUUUGCCUACACCUUGGUCCGCACAGGCGAAGAUCCUGUUUAUAAACAGGGCUACAUGAAGUCUGUUCCUGUUAGGCUUCAGGAGAUAGGCCCUAUAGAAGUGGAGACGCGAGGCCAGGAUAGCUUAAUCAAGCUGCCAUCGAAUUUCCCGCAAGGGUCUAUUGCAGUGUUGAGUACCACUAUACCUGGUUGCGAUUAUCAGCUUGAUCGGUUUGUCCGGUCUGGUGCUCUUGAAGCCGCCAAAAACCUCACGCUGCUGGAUAUCAACGCCAUCCUGUACCGCUGCGAAUCCGAAGAACGUGAUGCCAGUGCUGGAAGAGAAGGCAAUUACGAUGUUCCUGGCUAUGGACGUCUUGUUUAUGCUGGAAUUCAGGGCUGGAUAUCGGUUCUGAAACAUGUCAUACGAAACAAUGACCUCGCUCAUCCUUUGGCGAACCAUCUUCGGUCUGGCACCUGGGCACUGGAUUACGUUCCCUCACGAUUGACCAAGUACGAGAGCUACGGAACAGCCGUUUCGGAAUUCAAGGACUGGCUUGAGUCGCGCCUAUAUGCUGUGAAGAAGGUGCCGUACUUUCUUGUUCCUCGUUAUUUUGCCUUGGUUAUUGGCAUUGCCUAUGAAGCGUUGAGGUUCCAAGCGUUGAAACUGAUGAGCCCAAGAAUCCAGAAAAGCACUCGAUUUGUUCAAAGUCUGGCUAUGGUUUCUGUUCAGAUGAUCGCAUCUAUGCGGAGUGCCUCCAUUCAUCCCCAUACAAUCAUUCCGUCUAUGGCUGCUGGGCUGCCACAUUUCAGUUAUGACUAUAUGAGAUGUUGGGGCAGAGAUAUAUUUAUUGCUUUGCGUGGAUUGUUGAUUGUUACAGGCCGGUUUGAAGAGGCCAAAGACCAUAUUUUGUGUUUUGCAAAGACACUCAAACACGGACUGAUUCCGAACCUUCUUGGUUCGGGUAAAGAGCCACGGUACAAUGCGCGGGACGCGGCAUGGUGGUUUUUGGAAUCUAUACAGAGCUACAUCAAAUGGGCUCCGAAUGGAGCUGAUAUCCUGGAUUGCAAAGUGAAAAGAAGGUUCCCCCUGGACGAUACGUAUAUUCCUGUUGACGACCCAUUAGCUUUUAGUUAUCAGAGCACAAUCAGAGAAAUAAUAUACGAGGUUUUCAGUCGCCAUGCACGCGGAAUCAAGUUUAGAGAGGCCAAUGCUGGUCCCCAGAUAGACUCACAAAUGAAGGAUGAAGGUUUCAACGUUGAGGUCCAUGUUGACUGGGAAACGGGCCUGAUUCACGGAGGCAACCAGUUCAACUGUGGAACAUGGAUGGACAAAAUGGGCGAGAGUACUCUUGCCGGCAAUAAGGGGUAUCCGGGAACUCCUCGAGAUGGAGCAGCUGUAGAAAUCAAUGCUUUGCUGAAGAGUGCAUUGCGUUUUGUUAUUGAGUUACAAAAGAAGGGCCUAUUUGAAUACAAAGAACUCAAGUCUCAGACGGGAGACACAGUGACUUUUGAGCACUGGAAUCAGCUGCUGCAAGACAAUUUUGAAAGGUGCUAUUUUAUUCCUGAGGACCCCGCUGAGGAUGCAAACUUUGUGAUCAACCCAGACAUUGUCAAUCGGCGUGGAAUCUACAAAGAUCUCUUCAGAUCCGGAAAGGAAUAUGAGGACUACCAGCUUCGUGGCAACUUCCCUAUUGCGAUUGCAGUUGCACCAGAGCUAUUCACUCCUUCGCGCGCCUUGAAGGCUAUUCAAAUGGCCGAUCGUAUUUUGAGAGGACCUAUCGGAUUGGCAACAUUGGAUCCCAGCGAUUACAAUUACCGGCCCUACUAUCUGAACAGCGUGGAUUCCAUGGACUUUGCCACGGCCAAAGGACGCAAUUACCACCAGGGUCCUGAGUGGUGCUGGAUUCUGGGGUAUUUCAUGCGUGCCUUCCGACACGUUCACCUUUGCCAGCAUCCGGCAUGCUCUGAUAACGGCAAUUCUACUGACUACAUGCAUCAACUGCUUUCCAAGAGACUUUCUGCCCACAAAAAAUGGAUUGACGAUAGUGUCUGGGCAGGACUGACCGAGUUGACACAGAAGAAUGGAGAGUUCUGUGGCGAUUCAAGUCCUACUCAGGCAUGGAGUGCUUCGUGUCUACUAGAUCUUUAUUUUGAUGGUUGGGAAGAGGAGAAUGUUAAAUAA